AUGGCACCUCGAUCAUCUAGCACUUCUACUCAGACUGAAAAACCUCCGAAAAAAACCAAAUCUUCAAGCUCUGGAGGCGCCAAGAAGAAGAAGCUAACGGCGUUUAAUAAGUUUAUGCAAACGGAAAUGGCACGUCUCAAAGAAACUCAACCAGAGAUAUCACACCAAGAGAGGUUCAAACUAGCAACUACUAACUGGAAGACCGCCCCAGAAAAUCCUAAGCCGAGCACCUCAUCAUGA